AUGUAUCCUGCCUUUAAUCCAACGCCAUCUCCCAAUUCGCCUCCAGUACAGCAGAAAAAGAAGCAUCGGAAUCCGUUUACCUACCUCUUCACAAAGCAGUAUAAAAGCACGCCUACAAGUCAUCUUUACGGGCAACAGCAGGAACAAUCAAAACAAGGCAUAUUUGGAGUUCCUUUAUGCGAUGCAUCCAAAAUUGGCUCUGAUUUAUGGGAUCUAAGAGUGCCAGAUCCAGUUGCUCUGUGCUUUGAUGAAAUUAGUAAAAGAGGCCUGACUACAGAAGGCAUUUUUCGCUUAUCGGGUGCCACUUCCGAGGUCAGCUUACUUGAAAACAAGAUCAACAUGUGCUCACCUGAUGAAAGAAAAUCCAUUGACCCGUCUCAGUUUGAUAUUCAUACGCUGACUAGUCUAGUCAAGAAAUACCUUCGAGAGUUGCCUGAGCCUGUUAUACCAAAUGCGUUUCAUGAGCAGUUCCAGGACAUUGACCUUGACUUCAAUACGGUGCAGCAGCUGUCAGCCAUUAUUGUAAAACUGCCAUUUUACAAUCGCCAGCUAUUGCAUGCCAUCCUACUGAUCUCUGCAAAAAUUCAGCAUCACGUCGGCGUAAACAUGAUGUCCCCUGAAGCACUAGCUACUGUGUUUGCUCCUGUUUGCACUGGUUUCGAGCAAUCACUCAAAGACCACAUGAACACUUCCUUCUCAACUCCCACUGCAACGAUACAUAAAAAGUCAAAGAAAAAUGCCCACAGCUCCAUCCAGCAAUCCUCCAACAUUGAGCAGCAUAUCAAAAGAAACAAGAAUUGGACGAAUGUUUGGAAGGCCAUGAUUGAACAACACGAGAGUUUGAUCUCUGCUCUGGAUAAGCAAAUGUAUCAGGCUCAAGAAAGCCAGUACAGAUCAGGCCAAGACUUGACCUGGAAGCAGCACCGUGUUUACUACAACCAUACACCAGCAUCGGCCGGCAACAGAUCCCUACCCUCUCCUUUCUCUACCAACGGCAGCCUGGUACCUCUGCCAAACGACAUUAUGAUGGCACAAUUUUAUCCCAUGCAACCACAAGGAACGAAUUCUAUCAUACCAGUGGCACAACCUUCAACCGCUAUCCCUCCUCCCUCUUGCAGCUCACCCUUAUCUGCUUCUGUAUCUGCAACAACUAUCUCUAGUGCAACAAACUACUAUCAUCAACAGAGAUCAAAUGAUACCAUCUUUGAGGAAAGCGAUAGUCAUCACAACAGCAGCAGUAGCGGAUUUCACCACUCAUUAGCAAAAAAAACGUCUUCUUUUUUUCCAAAAUCAAACACAAUAAGAAAGAUACUAUCGGCAAGCACGCUUAGAUGA